CUUUCCAGCUGUCCCUGGCACCAUGCCCCUGUCACACCUACUCCAUGUGUGUGUUUGUGCCAAUGUAUAUAUAUAACGGCACAGCUCACAACCGGAGCGCCUCCCCUCCAACUGCCCAGCCCGAGGACUGUCCGAUCUUCCUCCCCCACGACGACCAUGGGCAAACUCCUGGUUCUGUGCCUGGCCGCGCUGAGCUUUGUCGGGAUCGGAGCAGCCCUGCAGUGCCUGAAAUGCGACUUCACCAUGUUUGACAUCCCCUGCCACACCACCACUGUCACCUGCCAGGACGGGCAGCUCUGCGCUGUCAUCCGGGGCCGUGCAGCCGGCCGCAAGCUGAUCAUGAAGAAGAACUGCGUUGACAAGGUGAAAUGCAACACCAACGACACCUCGACCUGGGCGGGCAUCACCUACAGCACCUCCUACGAGUGCUGCGAGGGCGAAUUCUGCAACUCGGCCGCGGGCGCCGGGGCCCAGCUCUCCCUGGCUGCAGGGCUGGCCAUGCUGGGUGCCUGGCUCGCCCGGGCCCUCUAAUCCCUGCUCUGGAAGCCAGGAGGGAAGAGGAAAUAAUUUCUG